ACGAAGCCUUGAAGAAGCAGUACAAGCACGCUGAUUCUGCAUCCUUGAAAAACACUGUCAGUUUCUUGGAGGUUCUUGUCGAUAAAGCUCGUGUCAGCAUACUUGAUCUUAAAGACUACGUUGUUCUCUUCGACCGGCACUCUUCGAACCUCAUCAAGAGCAAGAAGAUCUCUGAGGACAGCCGCUGCCGCAUGUUUGUGAAGGGCUUGCCACCCAAACACAGAGACAAGCUUAUAGACAAGCAACAAUACAACCCUGAUGGAGAAAACACCAAGGAAGCGUACGAAACUAUGCUAGGUGCUAUUAAAGGGAUCGCAGAGUCAGAAGCUCGAAAACGCCGUGUUGCUGAAGAAUUCGACGAAGAUUACCACACCUUGCAGCGAAACAUCAUACAAGAGGUGGUCAACAAGUCCAUGCCUACUGGCAGCAGUCGUCGUCUCCCGGUCCCUGAGGCCCCAACCCAAGAGAGGGUUAGAUUCUCGGACAGAGCUACUAUCUACGAGGAAGUGGAAAAUGGUGGCGCUCCUUUAAGCCACACUACAACUCCGUCUAGAUCCCAGUCAAAAUCUCCUGCCAGCAGUGGUAGUGGCGGUGGUGCCAGACUGAGUGCUAGAUCGUCUGGAGGGAUAGAGGACUUGGUUGAGAAACUUAGUACGCUUACUCUGGGACAGACCAAUAUGGAACAGAAGGUCUCUAGCUUGAGUUCGAAUGUUGAGAGGAUCGUCAAUUCGCUCCAACAAAACAGUCAACAGGGCUCUCGCCGAGGAAGCUUCGGGAACAGCAGCGGGUAUGGAGUCUCGCAUGGAGGUGUUGGACAACCGUACAGCGGUCAACCGCUUCGGAACCAAAGCCAAAACCAAGGUUCGCAACAACAAGCAGCUUCUUCUGCGCAUAUCGAGACUAGGCAAAACAACACUUCGACUAUAGAUGCCGACUUUGGUGGUUUCGGUGGAUCUAGUGGAAGAGGACGCAAUUGGAGCAACAAUGGUGGUUCUGAUCAACCAAACAUGUGCUUUAUGUGUGCAGGACGUACUAAGAAUGGAGAGCCGGACCCAAAUUGCAAGCAUAACACCAUCGACAAGUGCCCUCUCACUCAAGAGCUUAUUCUACUUGGUGUUUGUCAUCGAAAUGAGGAAGGGAAAAUCUGCAAGGGGCCCAUCGAGCCUGGCAAAGAGGGCACUCGCAUCUUCUUUAAUAAUAGUUCUGGUAGGAUGUGGGAACAGAUUAUCGCCUAGAUGUUAGGAGGGCCAUUCGACUACGAUUUCAGUAAGAGACAAGAGAAUGUGGAGCGCCUGGCCCGACAAGCUCAAGAAGGUGAAGCUGCUCG